AUGUCCACGUCGGCGCCCAUCUCGACGGUACCCCUGGCCUUUGACCUGCACAAGCCCGCCAAGCCCGUGGCCGACCGCCAGACGUCGCCCAUUAUUGUCAUGCACGGCCUAUUUGGAUCCAAGAAGAACAACAGGAGCAUAAGUAAAGUGCUUGCCCGUGAUCUAGGACGCUACGUCUUUGCACUAGACCUGCGCAACCACGGCGAGUCCCCGCACCAUGGCCGGCACGACUACUCGGCCAUGGCGGCCGACGUGGGCGACUUCAUCCGGCAGCACGGGCUGAAGCAGCCGACGCUGAUCGGGCACUCCAUGGGCGCCAAGACAGCCAUGGCCGUGGCACUGCGCGAGCCGGACCUGAUCGCCGACCUCGUGUCGGUGGACAACGCGCCCGUCGACGCGCGGAUCAAGAGCGACUUCGCGCGCUACAUCCAGGGCAUGAAGAAGAUUGACGACGCCGGGGUCACGCGCCAGUCCGACGCCGACAAGAUCCUCGAGCCCUACGAGAAGUCCCUAGUGAUCCGCCAGUUCCUUCUGGGCAACCUGCACCGGCCCGAGAGCGAGUCGGCGACGCAAAAGUUCCGCGUGCCGCUCGACAUCCUGGGCAAGGCGCUCGACCACAUGGGCGACUUCCCCGUGCGGGACCCCAGCGCAGCGCGCUUCGCCAAGCCGGUCCUGUUUGUGCGCGGCACGCGGAGCAAGUACGUGCCCGACGAGGUGAUCCCCGUCAUUGGGCAGUUCUUCCCGCGCUUCGAGCUCGUCGACGUCGACUCGGGCCACUGGGUCAUUUCCGAGAACCCCGAGGCCUUCAGGCAGGCCGUGGUCAAGUUCCUCGAGUCCAAGGACUAG